UGCAAAAUUUUUACUUUUACUCAUUGUACAAGCCAACUAGCUAAAGUUCGGAAAAUAUGCAAAAUAGAUGACAGGGCAAUGAAAUAUAGAGAGAGGGGAAGCGGAAAAAUUGAGGAGGGAGGAUGGAUUAGGGGGAAUUCGAAAGCUGAGGGAAAUUCCUCAUCAGCCAGUUGGAUAUUGACUGGGGAAUAAUACCAAAUUUCCAGCGGGAAAACUUCAAUGCAGAGUAAAACAAAUUGUUGUAGACUAAAUAUGUUCCUAUUUGAUGAUUUUUGUAGAACGAACAGUCAUUCAUAAUAUAUAGAUAUAGACUAUAUAAACCGAACAUUCUGUGAUUCAUCUUUCAAAGAAUGGAGUAGACUUAAAAAUCCAAAAAAAUAUGACAUUUUCCUUGCCAAAGUGCAGACGCAUUAGUCCCCCAACAGAGCGCUGUAUCAUUGCCAUAAUAUUAACUCCAUUUAUACGCACAGAACCUUUCUGCAAUGUGCUUAAAACUAUUCAAUUAGUUAUAUAUUUUACUCUAUACAUAUGGUAUUACGUGGUCUACGUAAUGCUGUCCCUCCUCAUUUUAUAGGUGAGCUUUAGUUUUUGAAGAAAUAUUCACAUCUUAUUGAUAAAAUCAUUUGCCUUAGAAAAACAUCAUUCUCCUUAUUUAUUUUAUUUUCAAACAAUUUUUACGAGUUUUGCUCUUACUCGUUUCAGCGUUGGCGACAAGAAUUCUUGUUCGCAGUCAAUCAAGCUGACCAUCAUCAAGUUCGUAUUCUAUAAGUUUUCGAAUUACAAAGUAUACUUUUUCCAAACACACAAUCCUUGAUAACCCCGUCAGAAAAUAUUUAAUACUAAAAAAACCCAACCAUGAUAUUUCGCUUGAAAAAGUGCUGCUGUAUAAUUUCUUUAAGAAAUGGCUGCAUGAUCAGUGCUCUUAUAUUAUUAUUUUUUCAACUACUGGCCGUACCUAUAAGAAACACGAAACCUUGCUGCAAUAACUUUGAAAGUAUUUUACUAAUAAUAUGUAGGAUUGUUGAUAUAAUCCAUUGCAUUGGAUGCCUAAUGCUGUUCGCAGCCUCUUAUCUUAAACUAUCCCUUUUGGUACUUAUUUUUCUUGUCACAAAUUGUUUACGCGCAUUGCUGUUUCCUGCUUUUUUGGUAGCCGAAAUUUUAAUUUGGAAUGUAGAUAUCUUUGAUCUAAGUUUUUCAAUCUGUGGUCUUCUUUUGAGCAUUUAUUUUUGGAUAGUGGCCUACGCCUAUUAUUACAAAUGCCAGGAGGAAGUCAGUGCUGAUGAAAUUCCCGAAUCCAUUCUGCGUAAAAAAGGAUCAUCAUUGGUUUAGUAA